AUGUCAGAGGGACAUAUUGCAGCUAUUAGCAAGACGAACAAGAGGAAGAACAGAAGAAAGAAGAGAAGAACGCAAGACGUGUCCGACUCAAGUUCUGAUUCCAGCUCCGAUUCUGAAAAUUCAUCGGUAGAAGAUAAUGAUACUAAGCUCGAAACUGUGGAGAAAGCUGCAUCUGAUGUUGAAGAUGUAACGCUUUCAGAUAUUGACAUGGAUAAAGAAGAAGAUGAAGCUGCAUUGGACGAUAAAAAAGCCAGCCGAAAAGAGGGAAGCGUCUUGUCCUCGGAGACUGUGGACAAAUUAAAUAAAGUGGGACUAACAACAAGCGAUUUAACUGGCAACAAUGGCAUUCAUCUAGGGAAUAUCGAUUUGAAUAAGAUGUCUGCUACGUUAGAUGAAAGCAGCAAUAAAUUGCUAGAGAAUAAUAAGGACAAGAACGGAUUAAAGAAUCAAUAUUUGAGUAUGCUAUUUGAGAGUUAUGGUGAUGACAUGAACGAAUUGAGAAACGCACCAGAUUUCACUUCGAAGACCCUUGUCAUGCUAGCGAAUGUUCUAAAAGACGGAGGAGAUAUGUUUGAUUUGGAGACCUUGAAGACAAUAGUAGAGGAUAAAUAG